AUGAAAAUAUCAGAGCUUCUAAAUUUAUUACAACAUUUCAGAAAUGAGUUACACCAUCAAACAAGAUAUACUGAUGAUUUUGAUUCCGUAAUUUUGGAGACAGGUAGAAUUUUACUGCAGCAUAUAUGUACAUCAAACGAUACAUUCUCUUCAUUAAGACUUAUUGAUAAAAGUACAAAGAUUCAACAACAUGAUAAAAAUAACCCUUUAAGUUAUGCUACUAGACGAGUUAUUCAAGAAUUAUUUGCUUUAGUAACAGCUUCUGAGCAUUGUGACUUGCUAAAUCCACAGUUAUUCGUUACUAUUAUCUCACUAUUUCGUCAAAUGUGCUCAGAUUGCUUGCCAUCAUUUUUCCUAGAGACAUAUAAUGGAAUAAUAAGUAAUUAUAACAAACAAUAUCUCCCAUUAGUCCUUGAAUUAUUUGUUGAACGAUCACCAUUACAAUUACUGAUGAAAAAUUCUGAACAGAUUAUCUCUUGGUUCAUCAAUGGAUAUAAAGGUAAUAAAAAAAGUAUUCUAGAACUUGAAGAACUGGAUGAAUCAUUGUUAAAUUGCAAGAUAGAUUAUAUUUCAAAUAAUUUAAUUACUCUCUCACUUUUUUUUAGUUGCACCUCGGCUAAACUAGUCACGAGAACGAAAAAUGAGAAAUCUGCAAUUUUUUCAAAACUGAAUCUAUUGAGAGAAAAGACAGAUUUCACAAAUAAUUCCGAAAUUUGCUAUUUAAAAAAAGCAAAUAAUCUUCUAAAUUCUUUAGCACUAAAGAGGAUGUCUUUUGUAGCUAUUUUAAGAUUAAUAACCUAUAAAAGACCAAUUGAUAGUAAUGACUUAGAUCAACCAGAAUUUAACAAUAUUUUUAUAGAACGGAAAGAAAUAAUACUAAAAAUUGAAUAUACAAUAGCAUUAUGGCUUGUUGGACUCAAACCUUUUUAUCCUACAACAGAUAAUAAGAUACUUAUUUAUGAGAUUGAUGGUUCUAAUUCAACAGACAUCUAUACACUUGCAAACACUGCUAAUUAUUACUGUCCUCAACAUUUUAUGCAUAUACAUAUUAUUUCAGGUUUGCAUAUGUGGCUAAAAAAAAAUUAUCUAGGACUAUGCAAUAUUGAUGAAGAGAUUAAUAAUGAAGAUUCCAUAUCUGAAGUACUUAGGGAAGCAAUAAUUAUAUAUACAGUACGUGUUUUUAUGCAAUUAGAACGCAUGAUAUCAGAAAUGCCGGACUAUAAGCAUCUCCAACUAAAUGCAUUUCAUCAGCAAUAUUUUAAAAAUUCAUUAUUAGAAACAAUCCCAUAUGAAGUCAUGCUUAUAAUUGAUUCAUUAUGUGAGAUAUCCCCAUUAUGUAUUAAAAGAUUAACUCCUUUUGUAAGAAAGCUGCAUGACAGAUUACACAUGACAAAAAGUAUAAAUAACUUAUAUAUGGAAACAUUUAAAUUUUUAAUGAAGUAUGAUUCUCCUACCUCUGCUGAAAUAGAAGAUUGGUGGGGAACCCUUAUUACGGAUUAUAUUGAUCCUAAUACAUCAGAUAGUUAUGUAGUAUUAAUAUUUGCUUAUUGGCUUCAGAGUUCUGUAAUAUCAGAUUCACUAGUUAAAAUAAAUAUUCAGGCUUUUAUAAUUAAGUAUUCUGGUCUUUUUCUAAAGCUUGCUAUACUUCAUCCUAACCAUAUAUCGGAUAAUAUCAUUAAUUUACUCUUUCAUUCUCUAAAUAUUUGCAACUUAAAGAAUGAAUUAACAUGGAUUUCAACUUGGAAAAUAGUUUUAAUGAGAAUGCUUUAUAUGCCAUUAUUAAGUUUAUUUCCCCAAGUUAAUGUUCAAAAAUCACCAGAAAUUAUAAGUAUCAUUAAUUCAGCAUUAGGAGUAUCAUCUGAAAAUAUGGAAAUUAGUGAGAACAUAUUGAAUGAUAUAAAAUUUAUUAUAAAUCCAAUGAGGAACUCUUCAUGUAGUAUAGAAACUGAAAAACGCAUGUUUAUGGAUCUAUCAUUGAGAUUUAUCAUUAACUCUCUUUGGAGGGCUAAUACUAAUGAAAAAUUAUAUACAAAACUAGUUUUUGAUACUAUAGAGAAGUAUCUCGAUGUAAUGUUUGGAAGCUUACUAAUAAAACUAGAAAAUAAAUUUAUUGAUAAAGAAUAUAUAGACUUAAAUAUAAUACACAAUUUAGCAUCUACAAUAACAGAACUAUUAGAUAUAUAUUUUUUUGUAUACCCCAGUGGUUCAUAUCAUGUUCAAAAUGUCCAACGUAAAAUUGCAAAAUUCAUUACUAGUACUAUGCAUAAAUGCCCUAAACUAUUGUUUGAAGAUGUUUUAUUAGAAAAAAUAUGUCAAUAUCUACAAUCUAAUGUUAACCAUGUAUCAUCUGAACUUAUUGUAUCACUUUGUUGGACUCUACCAGAAAUUUUAUUAGAGGUAUCCGAUAUUCAUAUGAUAGAUUGUCUCAGAGGCAAAAUUGAAUAUGUAUUAUCGAACUUUAAAGUACUUGCCAAUUUAUAUGUAAACAUAUACUUAGAAAAUGCAACAAUCUGUGAAACCUUAUUUUAUAAACCUGAUUUUGGUCAAAAAUCCUCACCAAUAGAAACUUCUAAAAAAGAAUAUGAACUUACGACUAUAGAUGCUACUUUCUAUGAUGGCAUGAAGUUUUCUGAAAACUCAGAUUACUUUUCAUCAGAUUCAUCAUUUGAUUCUGUUUUAUCUUAUGAAUCGAACUACUUUGAAAAUUUGAGUUCUGAUUCUACUAGUGAUAUUGGUGAUAUGAUUAAAGAGUAUAAUAUUUACCCAGAUGAAGGGAAUAGAGAAGUAGUAUUUGACAAAUCUAAAUAUGCAACUGAGUGUUUAUAUUUAAUAUCCAUUAUCAUAAGUGGUAUAUGUAAGAUUGGACUAAAAUUUAAGCAAUUUAAACAAAUAGUUAUAGAUAUUUUGAAAAAUCUUAUUGGUAAUCUAAAUUUUAAAAAUUAUUAUACAGAAGUUAUAAAUAGUCACUUAAGUGAAUCCCAUAUAGAAAAUAUGAUUUUAGCAAAAUCAAUUCUUCUUCAAAAAAUAUCAUUUAAUUUAAAUAUGUUAAAGCAACCAUCAAGCAUGAUAUCUAAUUUAUCUUUAUAA